AUGAUUUUUCAAUCAAAAAGUGAUUAUAUCUUUGGAGCUUAUUCUCCUUGUAAGUGGGUAUCUAAUCCAAUUACUUAUGUGCAAGAUGAUACGCUAUCAUCCUUUAUAUUUUCUUAAACACAUAAUUAAAUUUAUCCUUUGAUGUAAGGCUAGAAGCAACAUGCAAUUUAUUGUAAUUCUGGUUAUGGACCUACAAUUGGAGGUGGACAUGAUUUUUACAUAAGUGUUAAUUUCAGUGAUGGUUAUUGUAAGUUAGGUUAUUCAUAUCAAUUUGAUUAACAUAAAAAUUAAAGUGAAGAUCCUCAUUUAUUUGGGUAAAAUAAACCAGAAAUAAAGGAAUGUGAAAUUUAUUAAAUAUCAUUUAUUUGA